AGCCUGAGUUGUCAGAGGCCAUUACUGUGCUGAAGAGAAAAAAAUACAGAAAGAAAGAAACCUUGGCAGGGAAUCUCUAGGCAGGACAGUGGUUUCUCUCUGAAAUUCCCUGUGUCUGCACUGCCAUUAAUACUGACUUCACUUGGGUCGCACUUGCUUUGUUGUGUUCCAGUACAGUAAGUGAUGCAUGCAAGCUGGUUAAAGGGCCCACUGCCUGCUAGUGAACUUCGGCCUCAUUCUUUCUUUUUUUGUAGAUAAGCAUGUCCUUCUUCUGCUGUUGCCACUGUGUCUCAGCUACUCCAGGAGAGAAGGAAGCUCUUACUGCACACCGUCCAAAACAACCCUGUCGAGACACUGGCGGUGAUGUCUUCAGUAAGGAGGGGACCCUCACCAUGAAACUGGUAAAUGUGCUCGAGAUUGACAUGCUGUUUUCAGAUAUUGCUGAAACUUUCAACAAGCAGCAUAGGGAUCACUGGGCCAUGAAGGAAGCCAUCCAAAGGCUGAAAGAAGUCUCUGGCUGUGCUCCCACUAAUAGUCUUGCAGCCUGCAUAGAGAAUAUAAAGCAGCAGCACGGUGCCUGCAAUGUACAGGUGCACAUGGAGGGCUAUAGGUUUUCACUCGUUGCAGAGGAAAAAGAAGUGCCUGAAAAAUUGGAGCAGGCCCAACAGCAGGUAGAGGAGCUGAAUCAUGCCACAAAGUGUGUCAUUGCUAUGGAAAUGAAGCUCCAGGAAAUGGUCUGCUCUGUGCUUCAGUGUCAGAGUCAGCUGGAGGAGACAGUGAAAGCUGGAAACCCAGAGUACCUGGACCAAGUACGGCUAGAAGUUAAUCUGAGAGAGAACUUUCAGAACGUAAGCCUGGCCAAAGACCUCUCAAAGCAGUAUGGAGAAGAUGCCAGCAGGGUGCUGAAGGAAAUGGCCCAGUUAGCUGGCCUGACCCUAUAAAGGGGCUUCAGAAAUUGGGAUAGAAUUGGAGUUCAUGAUUACCCAAGGAUUGUGUACAUAAUGAUGAAUUAGAUCCCACCCUGGUAGUGCAGUCAUCAUGUGGACAACAAAUAUGCACUCAGCAAAUAGCUUAUGGGUAGCCCUGGGUAUUAAGUUUGUUCUGUUCACUCAAGGAACCUUAGCCAGGGCACAAGAAUUUGUCCCCAGAGGGCCUUUGACUUCCUUCUUGAAAAUCACCAAUGGACAGAAGGUACCUCCUCCCUUUACUAUAGCAAUAUCAACACUUGAGUUCUAAUGCAGGAUUUCAAUCCCUACUCUGUCUUUCUGGCUGGAGGCCACCCAUAGAUUCCACUUUGUGCAAGGUGAAUUCCUGAGUAGCAGCUUAAGUCAGCUUUCCAGCUGCUUUGCUGCACCAGAGCAAUGCAAAGCAACCAGAACUAGGCCAGAGAGUGUAUGUGACUUGUUUAAGACGACCUGUCUGUCACAGUUUGUAUUGGAAUUCAGUAGAAUUCCCACCCUUAUUUUCUAGGUCAAACUAGACUGCCUCUCAAAUCUUAAACAUAGCUAGUGUGCUAAAACCAAAUGUUCAGAUUAAAGGCCGGAAGUACCCAUUGAAGGUAUAGAGAUAUACUCUACAUUGCUUAUUAUUGCUAUAGAUAAUCAUCUGAACUUAAAGGCAUGUAUCUCCUGUGCUACUAGAUGCUGCUUUUCUUCCUCACUCAUCUCUUGAAAUUCCCAAAAGUACUCAUGCUUCCCACGUUCAUUGAGACAGAACCUUGAGGCAGGCAACAUGUUACUAAAAUAGCAAUGGUGUGUUGCAAGUUGGUAUUAAGAUGCAUCAGCAUAGCAGUACAGGGCCCCAGGACUGGGAUAACAGGAGUUGUUACAGAUGUGGAUUAAACUGCAUUGGAAAGGUUGGCAAGACUAGGAUUUCAGGAGUGCUUCUCUUUAGUUAUGAGGUGUAUUAACAUAGAUGUGUGGGGAUUGCAGAGCAUCAGGAAAACUGUGAUGGGGGACUAGGACUGGGACAGCAUGGACUGGUGUGCUGAAGGUCAGGUGUGAGGGGCAUUGCCAGACUGAAUCGAUUAGCUCUAUGCUGGAUUAUUAACAGCACUAUUCCACUACUUCUACAAGAGCACUACAUGAACUCAAACAAUGGAAAUAGGACAACCUGCAAAUAUCGGGUGCUUGUCAUGAGAGUAAUGGGAUCUCGGUUGAACAGUUAGCAGGGACACUAGCCUUUGAAGUCCAACUGGAUCACAGCUGCAGUGCCUCACGCACACUCAGCUGAGCCUGAGGGGAAAGGAAGGUCAGAAUAAUUCCAUAACACUUUAGCCCAGGAGGCCUGUCGUUAAAAUGGGCCUCUUUGGAGAAAGGACUGUGUGACUGGGGGAGGGUGGGAUGGUUUUGCAACUGCUGGACCUGGCUGGUGGUUGAAAAGCUCAUUGAAUUUGUCACAUUUUUGAGAGAUGAUGGACAAAAAAGAAACCACAAGAGAAAUCCUAUCCAGCCUGCUAGAGCUCCACAAAUAACUACAAAGGAGCUCAAUCUCUGGAUUUUUAGACUGUCACUCCCGUACCCCAUACUGUUGUUUUAAAUUUUGUUCUCAUUUGCCACUGCUCACCCCCAAAAUACAUCAGAGAGUCCCAAGAGACUUAUCUUGCCCUUAAACAUCCUCUCACCAUCCCUCAUCUCAUCACACACCUCACUGGGGCAGUUUACUGCAGGUUUCUUUGCUCUCUCAGUGGUGAGCUGCUCUCUGUAAAUAUCCACCAGACUCCGUCCUGCCAGAAAUCCAAACUAUUCAGACAUUUCCUUUUGGAGUUUCAGGAUGCCCGCUUGCUAGACGCCGGCUUUGCACAAACUCACCAAAACCCAGCAGAGAAAUGCUGAUCGCUAUUAUUAUUUUCUUGAACCUAAAUGCAAGCAAAUGCUCCGGCAUUCAGAUCAGACUUGGGCAUAUGUCUCCCCUUCCUUGCCUAACUCCCAAACUUUCUCUCUCUCUAGUUCUUUUCAUUUUGUUGUUGAAGGAACUUGGGAAAUAAGUACAUUGCCACAGCUAUUUCCUGCUGCUCUACCGGUAACAUCUUGAAAACUGCAAUAUAUGUCUCUUUUUUCAAACAAAUGGGCAUUUUCAGUUGUCAGUGGCUCACAAAGCUCACCUUCUGUAUUUGCUUUCUUGGUGCAUUGAGUUCUCUGUGGCCUAUCACUGCCCCUCAUGAAGGAAAAUAACCCAGAUGGUUUAUCCCAACAAAUCCUGCAUUCCCUGAUUAUCACAGCGAGAUAGCUGUGAUCACACUAUGUUGUCUGCUAGGGUUGUGUUGCAUUGUGUGUGGCCCUUCCUGAUUAGGGAGGGGGUGGGUGAGCGUGUUAGUCAACAGUAUUUAUGAUCCUUUUA